AGUUCUUAUAGAUAAGGUGCAUGAUGAUAUGGCUUAACAUGCCACGGUGUGUAAUAACAAUUAAGUCCUUUACCCACACGUAAACAAAUCACAGCAGGGUAAGUUGUCUGAAAACACCGGUUAAACGGAUAAUCGAGAACCGAUUGAAACUCCAUAGAGUGAACAUCGAUUACGGAGUGAAGUGUAAAAAGACUUUAUUCUUAUGGACACUGAUCUAAAUCCCGACCCAGGAGAAGAUCCUGAACUAGUCCAACUUAUGGACCAAGAAAUUUAAACAAAGAGAACAAGAGAAGAAUUAGAAAGUGAUAACGAAGAAAACCCAAUUUCAAAACAACCGAAAAAUCAAGAAGCCGGUUGGAAAAAGCCGGAAGAACAACACCCAACAACUAGUAAGAAUACAACAAAUAUGAAGGGACAGAUCAUCCAUUACCACUGAAGUAUUACAUACUGAGACACACCAAGAUCUUCCUACAAAGAACCAAGCUAAUCAACCUAAUAUAAGAAACUUCAAGAACAAAAGAAGAGGAUCCAGGGGAUAUAGACAACAUAGUCUAAACCCUAUAACAAGAAAGAAGAAGAAGAAGAAACGGAUAAUCUUUAUGUUAUCGCAAAAUGUUGCGGUUUGGGAGCUUGAUAAGAAACCUUAAUGCAAGGAGUGGUGCUUUGUUCCCUUUGAGAUGUUUCCAUGUAUCUGCCACAGGACCUGAGACACAGUUCCUUGAGACAUCAUCUCUUGGGAAGACCAGACAAAUCGCAUAUCAGAAAAUUGACGGCAUUCGUAGUCCAGGGAUUAUAUAUAUCCCAGGUUUCAUGUCCCAUAAGGCUGCUACAAAAGCAACUAUGCUACAUAUGUUUUGCCAGGAGUAUGGCUUCCCAUAUGUCAGGUAUGACCCUAGUGGCUUGGGCGAGACAAAGGGGGUAAAGCAGAAUGAGACAUCUUUAACUGUAUGGUUGGAAGAUGCCGCCCAAGUGCUCUCAAAUUUAACAGAUGGACCACAGCUAAUAGUUGCUUCAUCCAUGGGUGGUUGGAUAUCAUCACUCCUAGCAGAAAGGUAUCCUGAGAAGUUUGGCAGUUUGCUUAUGUUAGCUCCGGCCAUUAACUUUGGUAGGAAGUACAUGCAGGUCCUCCUGUCUCAGUUACCACCUGGACUGGUAAAGAAAUUUGAAGCAGAUGAAAUAGUGAAGCUUUUUGUACCUGACUACGGCGAGUUCCCGCUAAGGAAAAGCAUGUUUGAAGACAUGAAGAAACACGAGAUAAGCAUGGAGGCCGGCAGUAUUCCAAUACAGUGUCCAACUAGAAUUAUACAUGGUGUAAAGGACAAGGAUGUACCAUACAAAGAAUCCCUUCAAGUGCUUGGAGCCUUGCAAGCAAAUGAUGUUCAGCUGCUAUAUGUCAAGCACGGUGGGCACCAACUCUCAGACAGUGCCAGCCUGGAAAUAAUCUGUGACACUAUUCUUAAAAUGACAGCCCCAAAACCUAAAAAAGUAUGAGUGACAGUAGUAGAGUCAUAAAUCUUGUUUUUUCCCCAAAUGAUUUACUAAAUUUUAUAUGUUGCAGGUUGAUAUGAUAGGCUGUGCACAAUGAUUUGUACACAAGUUAAUGUAUGUGUAUAUGUACAAGUAUAAGUCUAUAUCAAUGCAAUUAGUAAGUAAGAGCAGCUGUUGAAUUUUAUAUUAAGAUAAUUGCAGUUUAGAAUGAAUAGUUGCCAUAUUUUAUUUUGUAUUUUUUAUAAUGGCAAAGUGCUUCCUAACCAAUAAUGAUUGUAAGUCUUUAGAGAUAGAUCUUCAUCCUUAUGCAGAUGUUUGCAUCCAUUUAUUGAUUAUUUAACAUGAAUAAGUGAAAUUAUUCAGAUUUCAUUAAAUUUGUUGUGUAAUUGUCUUUCAUUGUUCUUACAUAUGCAGUCAAUUAGGUGCAACCUCUAGUCUCACCCAGAUGGUGAUCAGUGUUUUUAAUUCCAUAUAUAAAUAUGGCACUUAUCAGACUUUAUAGUUACAAAUAUUUGAUAACAGAUGCAAGUCACUGCCAGAGUGUUCUAUCAUUGCCUUUACUAUUUGUUAUUUCUUGUGUCUAGUUAUUUUUAUUGUAACGUUAAAUUUACCUUCAUUUUGUCAUAAUAAUGUUAGUUUUCAUGUUGUCAGUGUUACUGACUGUAUUGUAUUUUUAGUCCUUAUAUGCUUUUUUAGAGUUACAGACUCAAAUAAUUCUUGUAUAGAGCUAUUUAUGUAUUUAUGAAUAAUUUUAUAUCAAAUUUCUAUCAAUUUAUAUAAUUUAGAGUAAGUUAAGUGGAUGAAUGUGUAAUUAUAGAAAAUAAAGAUGAGAAUAAA